ACAAAUGUCAAUACGUAUUUACGUAGAACAAUACAAAGGAAACGUUUCCUCGAGUGUUUCCCGUAAAGAAUGCCAUCAAACGCCAUGCCGCCACAUUCGACACGAUUGAUCGAUUUUUCUGUCUGCUAGAUUAUCAUUUUUCGAGAUUUGGGUUUGCUAUUGAUGUCUCGUUUCUGAGAUCUCUCUCUGUUAUUGGUCGAUUUAUUUCCUGUUUACAUUUUCUUGCAUGUUCUUAAUUGCUUUCGCGCGCAAAAAUUGCGAUUUGAAGAUUUUGUCGACAAUAUGUACAAUGGGCACGAGUAUCUGUCGUGUAUCAAAAUCAAUACUUCAAAACAAAUCGCGAUGAAGAAUACGCACGAAAAGGCAGAAUCGAUGGAUCUAACGACGGAGCAUCGUAAUUUAAUCUUAACGGCCAAUAAGGUUUUCGGAGAAGACAAGUGGAGCCAUACUGUUGUGAAUCAAACAUUAGAUUUUGUCGAAAUAAUUGGUGCCAAAUGUUGUACUGGCUGCGUUAGCUUUGUCAAGGUCCAGCUUGAGAAUGGAAAUUUUCAUGAAGAUAUUGGUUAUUACAGUGCAGAGGAAUCCACAAAAGGCUUGUCGAUACACAAUGCCAGAGUUGGUUCUGCUGUAAAUGCCUUAAGAAGAGUUCUGUUGUCAUUUGGAGACAAAAUUGAAAAAGAAUUGCAACAGUUACAAAAACAGAUUGAUUUUAAACAAGCUAAUAACAUACAAAAAAGUGUGAUACAAUCAGACGAGCAGAUUCCAAAUAAAUCAAAUGUUUCAAUUAAAGCACCUGUUUCUUACGUGCAACAAACAGAAUGUACGAGUGAAUCUCCUUCUUUGGAAUCUACUGUAAAUAUAUUUGAGACUAAUCAAUCGUCAUCUACAAAUGUUCAGCUUGACGAACCUUCAUCGAAAAAAAAGAAUUCAAUUCAAGAGAAACUAAGACAAGAGAGGAAAAGGAAACAAAUGGAAAAGCAGAUGGAAUUUAAAAAGCGUAUGAUGGAAAAAGAAGGGUUAGUGUUUACCAAUGACAACAAACCUAAUCCCAAAUAUUAA